UCUCAUAUUCGAUGGACCAAUGAAAGAAGAGUGCCGGGAAAUACAGCAGAGGAACAACGCCGGAGUCUUGUCAGUGUGAUGGAAAAAUGUUGUAAGCGUACGUAAGGCAUCUCUUAGGAACAAAAAAAUAUAUACAAACAAUCUUCGCAAGUGACGGUGUGGACAAUGUACUUGUGCCAGUGAUAUUUGGAGGCAUCUCUCCAGUUUUUUGUGUUUCUCAUCUUUGAUUUCAGGGACGCCACCACCUCGUCUCCUUUGGCAAUGAAGUUCAAUCUGUUCAGGAAGCCGCAGCCGGUAGCUGCAGCCGAGCCCACCGGAGCCACCACAACUGCCAGCAUGGCCCCUACCCCGGCCGCCAUCUCCACGGUGGCCGAAAGCUCCGGCAACAACACGGAGAUCAGCAAGAAUGACAUGUUUGAGGAGAUCAAGAGCAAAUUCUUGAAUGAAAUUGACAAAAUCCCAUUACCUCCGUGGGCUCUGAUCGCCAUUGCGGUGGUGGCGGCUUUGUUGGUGCUCACCUGCUGCUUCUGCAUCAUCAAGAAGUGCUGUUGCAAGAAGAAGAAAAACAAGAAGGGCAAAAAGGGCAAGGAUGGAUUCAAUAUGAAGAACAUGGAGGGUGGUGAGAAACCACAGGAUGAUGAUGAUGAUGAGGGAGAGACCGGACUCACGGAAGAGGAGAAGGAGGAGGAGGAAAAGGAACAAGAGAAACUGGGAAAGCUGCAGUACUCCAUCGAUUACGACUUUGAGAACACAAAGCUCACUGUUGGCAUCCUUCAAGCUGCGGACCUCAUGUCCAUGGAUUCAGGCGGGACUUCCGACCCAUACGUUCGAGUUCUGCUCUUACCUGAAAAGAAGAAGAAAUUUGACACCAAAGUCCACAAGAAAACUCUCAACCCAGUUUUCAAUGAGACCUUUGUCUUCAAGGUCCCUUACGAAGAACUCGGUGGCAAAACUCUGGCAAUGUCCGUUUUCGACUAUGACCGCUUCUCAAAGCAUGAUGUCAUCGGUGAGGUGAAGCUGCCCAUGAACACCAUCGACCUGGGGCGGCCUAUUGAGGAGUGGCGGGACCUGGAGAGUGCCGAUCAAGAGGAGCCUGAGAAACUCGGGGACAUCUGCAUAUCUCUACGUUACGUCCCAACUGCCGGGAAACUCACCGUUUGCAUCCUGGAGGCCAAGAACCUGAAGAAGAUGGAUGCCUGCGGAUUAUCUGACCCAUAUGUGAAGAUCCAGCUGCUGCAGGGAGGUAAACGUCUGAAAAAGAAGAAGACCACAGUGAAGAAGAACACCCUCAACCCGUACUACAAUGAAUCUUUCAGCUUUGAAAUCCCUCUGGAACAAAUGCAGAAAAUCCUGGUGGCCGUAACAGUGUUCGACUACGACAAGAUCGGCAAGAACGACGCCAUCGGAAAAAUCUUUGUUGGCAGCAAGGCUACCGGGCUAGGUCUCAAGCACUGGUCGGACAUGCUGGCCAACCCGCGCCGCCCCAUCGCCCAGUGGCACGCCUUGCAACCGGAGGAGGACAUCGACGGUCAGCUAGCUUCCUUGGCGGCCAAGAAGUAACCGGCGAAGUCGCGAACCAUCGAAACCCUUCAUUAAGAAACUUUGCAUGACUCAACCCCGACUCGUCACAAACCUGCUCAGCAAACGACUCAGUAGAAUAGAUUCAGUUUGGGUUUCAAAGCGUCCCAUCUGGCAUAUUAGUGUCUGCUUAAGUGACCCAACUUAAAUUCCUUUCAUGUUAAGGUUCUUCUAGACUGAAGUCUGAGCUGGAUUUAAACUGGGUUUAGUUAUUCAAGCAUGCUUUGCCCACCUGUUCAUGGCUUUGCGUACCUCUCUUGCAAAUAGGCAGAUAGGAAGGUUUUAGGUCCUACUUGAGAAAUAAGUUGUGUCGGUCUAUGCAUUUAGAUUGACUUGAACUAGAGAACAUUUUGAGGGAUCAAUAUGAGUUUCAAGAAGUAAGCAGGGACACUUAUCGUGCCAAUUGAAAUGACCGCAUGGAUGUAAAACCUGACUCACCUUAAACUGAUCAUACAUGAAAAAAAAAAAGCGCAAAUUAAGAUAGUUUCGUAUUUGACAGUUGAUGGUUGAAUUGGCAGCUACGUCUGAAAAUUGAGUGUAUUUUCCAAAUUCUGACUUUACAGCAUACAAGUAGCUGCAGAUGGUCUGCACCUCACAACCUUGCAAUUUCCGUGAACUCAUUGCAGCCUGCCCAAUUAAAACAAAUUUGACGUAGUUAAUUUAGGUGUUGUCACGCUAGUUGAUUUUUGUCGUCGGUAGUUAAAAGUGGUAUGCUUUCCAAGUUCAAAGGUCGCUGGCGAAUACUUCAGACGUUAUUUUGAGACAUGUCAGAGGCUAUUUUGCUAGACCAAAAAGAAACAACGGAAUGUAGCAUGCCUCGCAGCGUUUUGUCAUCACUGAAAUGCUCUCCUUAUCAAAAGCCAAAGAGCCUUCAACACCAACAGAAGCAAAACUAGAUGUCGCGCUCUGGGUUCACGCAAAAACAAUAGCCUAAAAGCGCAGCCUUUCGCUUCUCGCGCUGACCGUUUUGUCGUUUUGACCACGAUCCUCUUCCAUCGAGCUCAUUUGUUAAUAGCUACAGCAUGUAUGUAUGUACAAUGUAAAUACUAGCAUGUUUUAAAGCGAUCUUAUGAUUAUAUUAUGUGUUUUGUGCCCUUGUGUCAUUUUUUUGAUAAUAAAACCGCUAAAGAAAACAAAAAUGGUAGCAUUUUCUCAUUGUGUCACCAUAACUUUAAGUCAUUGGUGUCCAAACUAUGGCCCGCCGGCCAAAUUAUGAAAAUAUCAUUGAAUAUGUACAGCACAAGAAGCUUU